AUGGAUGCCCGGACAGUGCCACCCAUGACUGCCAUGGAGGUGCCCAGCAUCAAAGAUUUCCACUGGAAGACCCUGGCCCCACUGCCAAGCCGGCGAGUCUACUCCUCCCUGGUGGAGGCUGGAGGACAGGUCUAUGCCAUAGGAGGCUGUGAUGACAAUGGGGUUCCCAUGGACUGCUUUGAGGUCUACUCCCCGGAUGCUGACCAGUGGACUUCCUUGCCCCCCAUGCCAACGGCCAGGGCUGGGGUGGCCGUCAUUGCCCUGGGGAAACGGAUCAUGGUGAUUGGGGGUGUGGGAACCAAUCAGCUGCCCCUGAAGAUUGUGGAGAUGUACAACAUCGAUGAGGGCAAGUGGAAGAAGAGAAGUGUGCUGAGGGAGGCUGCCAUGGGCAUCUCUGUCACUACAAAAGAUUACCGAGUGUAUGCAGCAGGAGGAAUGGGACUAGAUCUCCGCCCCCAUAAUCACCUACAGCACUAUGACAUGCUCAAAGACAUGUGGGUCUCAUUAGCCCCCAUGCCCACCGCAAGAUAUGCUGCCACUUCCUUUCUCCGAGGUUCCAAGAUCUAUGUGCUGGGAGGUCGUCAGUCCAAGUAUGCUGUUAAUGCCUUUGAGGUCUUCGACAUUGAAACUCGCUCAUGGACCAAAUUUCCCAACAUCCCCUGCAAACGAGCCUUCUCCAGCUUUGUCCCCAUGGAUGGCUACCUGUACAGCCUGGGGGGCCUGAGACAAGGUCGCCUCUAUCGACAGCCCAAGUUCAUGAGGACUAUGGAUGUCUUUGACAUGGAACAGGGAGGUUGGAUGAAGAUGGAGCGGUCUUCAUUCCUAAAGAAGCGCAGAGCCGACUUUGUAUCAGGCUCCUUAAGUGGUCGAGUCAUAGUGGCUGGAGGCCUGGGGAACCAGCCCACAGUCCUGGAGACAGCCGAGGCCUUCCACCCAGGGAAGAACAAAUGGGAGAGCCUGCCCCCAAUGCCCACUCCCCGCUGUGCCUGUUCCAGCAUCAUCAUCAAGAACUGUCUCCUUGCAGUGGGAGGCGUCAAUCAGGGACUGAGUGAUGCUGUGGAAGCCCUGUGUGUCUCAGACUCCUAG